AUGAUGGAAUGUUGUAACCGAAAAAAGUUUGACAGAAUGAAACCAUUCAUUGCUGUAGUGUUCUUGCAAUUUGGAUUUGCUGGUAUGGAUGUUUUGUCCAAAGCUGCACUAAACAAAGGAAUGAGUAAUUAUGUACUCGUUGUUUAUCGUCACGUCGUCGCUUUCAUUGUGAUUGCUCCUUUUGCACUGAUUUUCGAAAAGAAAGUUAGGCCAAAGAUGACAUUUUCAAUCUUUUUGAAGCUAGUGGCUCUCAGCACACUAGAGCCGGUAAUCGAUCAGAAUUUAUAUUUCUUGGGAAUGAAGUAUACGACGGCUACUUUCGCAGUGACUAUGAACAAUGUUCUCCCUGCCAUAACCUUUGUCAUGGCUUGUAUUUUGAAACUUGAGAAGACAAAAAUGAAAAGUGUACGUAGUCAAGCAAAGGUGAUAGGAACAUUAGCAACAGUUGGAGGUGCUAUGGUUAUGACAUUGUUAAGAGGUCCAAUACUUAAUAUUUUUGGGACACAUGGAAACAGUGUUGAAAUUCAACAUAAUAGUGGAGCAAAUCUUCAACAUGCAAUAAAGGGUUCAAUUAUGAUCACAAUUGGUUGUUUUAGUUGUGCUGGUUUCAUGAUUCUUCAAACAAUAACACUUGAAACCUAUCCUGCUGAGCUGUCACUCACAGCAUGGAUAUGUUUAUUGGGAACAAUUGAAGGUGGCAUAGUAGCUUUGAUUAUGGAAAGGAAUGAUUAUUCUGUUUGGUCUUUGAAUUGGGAUACAAAAUUGUUGGCUGCAGUUUAUAGUGGUAUAGUUUGUUCAGGAAUGGCUUAUUACAUACAAGGAGCUGUUAUGAAAUAUAGAGGUCCAGUUUUUGUAACAGCUUUCAAUCCUCUCUGUAUGGUCAUUGUAGCUAUCAUGAGCACUAUCUUUUUGGCCGAGAAAAUAUUCCUCGGAAGAGUGAUUGGCGCGGUUGUGAUUAUUUUCGGAUUGUAUUUAGUGGUGUGGGGUAAAAGCAAAGAUUAUGAGACACCAAGUUCAAUUAUUAAAGAUGAAGCAUUACCAGUUAAGGAAAUUACAGAGAGCAAUGACAAAGAGGAUAAUCCUAAUCAUGAAGCAAUGACUAGCAGUAAUAUUGUUGCAAUAGAUCGAGAUGAACAAGUGUGA